UUGUUCCAUCCGUAUUACGAAACCAUAAACCUUGCGGAGGAACUCAAAAGGUCACACAGACACCAUAACCAUAUUGAGAGAUGUGAGUAAUAAUAAAACUUUUUUUUUCUUUUUUCUUUUUUUUAUUUGCUAAAUAGAAUUCAACAUAAGAAUAAAAUCCCUCUCAAUAAUGGUCAUAUGACCUAUAUCACUCAAUAACAAAAAUUAAUCGCAUUUUACUUCCACCAAAAAAAAAAGAAAGAUGAAAAGACUUCAAAUAUCAGGCGCAUGUAGCGUGCAAUGGAAUAACAAAGGAGGACAGGUCAGUAAUUGGCUACUCUUAAUUAAUUAAUUGGAGGAACUCAUUAAUUGGCUACUCUUAAUUAAUUCUUUUAUAAAACCUAAACCUAGUUGACGAACCAACAACCUUCUUAUAUAAGCUGCUUCAAUUAAGGACUAAAAUUAAGCUGCCGUUGUUCAAAUAAAAUAUUUUUCACAAAGAAAAUUUUAAAAAAGAGUAAUGAAUGAUACAAUUAUAGGCAGUAUUUUUUUUUUUUUUAUAAUUUCAUUAUUUAUUUAUUUUUUAUAAUUUCAUUAUUUAUUUUUUUUGUCUUUUUUGAUUGCUAAACAGUGUUUAACAUAUAUAAGAAUAAAAUCCCUCUUCUUCUCUUAUGUUGAUUAUUAUUAUCUCAAUAAUGGUCCAUAUCACCUAAUACAAUUUUCUUACCACAAAAUAAAAAUAAAUAAAAAAUAAAAGAAUGAUGAAAAGACUGCAAAGAAAUAUGCAAUGGAGGAAAACCUAAUUGACUACUCUAUAAGUAUUAUGAAAACCUAAAUCUUGCGUUGGAAGAACUCAGAAGGUCACGCCAUAACCCAUGUUGAAAGAAUUUUUUUUUAAACGAGUAAUGAUAAAACUAGUUUUUUUUUUUUUUUUUUUCAUUUGCUAAAUAGAAUCCAACAUAAGUAAUAAAUCCCUCUCAAUAAUGGUCAUAUCACUCAGUAACAAAAAUCUUUAAAAAAAAAUAAAAAAUACUGCUAAAAAAAAGAAGAUGAAAAGACUGCAAUUAUCAAGCGCAUGACAGGUCAUUAAUUGGGUACUCUUAAUUAAUUAAUUAAUUGGGUAUUUCAAUUCUUUUAGAAAACCUAAACCUAGUUGACGAACCACCUUCUUAUAUAAGCUGCUAUUUACUAUAUAUAUAUAUAUAUAUAUAUUCGACUUCAAUUAAGGAGUAAAAUCAAGCUACCGUGUAUAUUGGUUUCUCUAGCUAGGGAAAUAUUCCAUCUCUCUCUAUAGAUUAACAUACACACUACUGAUACACAUAUGCUAUACAAACUUCCCCUCCUGUUGCAUCAUCUGAAAAAUAAGAUAAUGAAUUCCAACACCAACAACCAACAACAAACAGAUGAGCAAAUGAACAACACCACCGACCAACAAAAAGAAGAGAAGAACACGGUUACAACAAACCGUGAUGAAGAAGAAGAUGAUGAUGAUGAUGAGAAGGUGGAGGAAACAAAUGCAGAAGAAGAGAAGAUUAAUACAAACAGCAAAAAUGAAGACGCAGAAGAAGAAAAUGAUGAAUCCGAAUCAGUAGCAGGAGGGCAGGAACAAGAAGAUGUUGGAGAUGAUGAAGGUGAAGAUGACGAAGGUGAAGACGAAUCUGUGAGUGACAAAGCAGAAGAAGAAGAAGAUGAAGAAAAAGUGGGAAAUAGUCCUCUGCCUGUUGACCAGACUGUCCAAAAAUCCAAUUCAACCAGUUCUGAAGAAGAUUCUCAUUCAGAAUCUGAAUCUGAAUAUAAACCCCUCCCAAAGCCUGCUGUGAAACGUCCGGCAGGGACGUCGGAACGAAAUGAAGACGCAGAAGAAGAAAAUGAUGAAUCAGAAUCAGAAGCAGGAGCGCAGGAACAAGAAGAUGAUGAAGGUGAAGACGAAUCUGUGAGUGACAAAGCAGAAGAAGAAGAAGAAGAUGAUGAAGAUGAAGGAAAAGUGGGAAAUAGUCCUCUGCCUGCUGUUGACAAGACUGUCCAAAAAUCCAAUUCAACCAGUUCUGAAGAAGAUUCUCAUUCAGAAUCAGAAUCAGAAUCUGAAUGUAAAUCUGAUUGCCGCUCUUCCAAGCCCCUCCCAAAACCUGCUGUGAAACGUCCGGCGGAGACGUCGGAACAAAAUGACAUACCGGAGCGGCAGAGGAAGAAGAGAAAGGUUGACAAUGGCAGUCAAGCUAUGGAAGAGAAGAAGUCUGUUUUUAGUAGGUUCUGGAGGGAGGAGGAUGAAAUUGCACUCUUGAUGGGAAUGAUCCAGUACAAAUCGAGUGAUGGGGGUGAUGCAUAUACUGAUAUGGGUGCCUUUUAUGAAUAUAUCAAAAAUUAUCUUCAUGUUGUUCCGUUAAGGAAACAAUUGACUGAUAAAAUGGGUAGGCUGAAGAAAAAGUACAGUAAAAAUGCAGGAAAAGGCAGGAAUCCGUUUUUCUCUAAGCCCCAUGAGCGCAAGAUAUUUGAGCUCUCAAAGAAGAUAUGGGGUGGUGUAGAAGUAGCAGCAGCUAGUGGUGGAGUAAAGGCUAGUGGAGAGAAUUUUUUGUCCAUGUAUCCCAGAUUGAAUGAGUCAUUGCAGUGGGCAAACCACGCGUUGUCGGAGUCUGGGAGGAAAUUGUUGGAGGAAGGAAUGACUUUGAUUGGAAGUGCAAAGGCAAAGAAGAUGGAGGAGAAGUGGAGAAAUUUGCAGAUUCAUGAAAUGGAAUUAUACCUAAAACAUGUUGACUUAAUUCAUCAACAGACUAAACUAGUGUUGGAUGCAAUGAAGUCGGGCAACUGCUAGAGUUUUGGUUGAGGUUAGUGUGGAUUUUUGGUAAAAUUGGGUGCUUAUAUUUGGUUUGGAGUUGUCAAAUUUUGUGUUUACUAGAAUGGCAUUAGUUUUAUAUAUUUAAGAUUCUGGGCUUUGACAAUAACGGUUAGAAAAAUUAUUUUCUUCUAAUGUUUUGGAUCCGUUAGCCUUUGGUUGAUUGUCUCAGUUGCUAACACAAGCGAAGUGUGUGGUUUGGUUGAUUUUUGGUAAAAUUGGGUGUGCGGUGAUGGUGGUACCCAAUGGGUUUUUUGGGAGUUGGAAGUAUUUCUACCGAGGAACAGCCGAUCUAUACUUUCAAUCCGGGUAUUCAUGCAGCUUGCUCUAUUAAUCUUCUAGUUUUUACUUUUACCUGUUUCCUUUUUGCUUCCUGGUGACUUUGCUGGUGCUUCUCUCUCUCUCUCUCCUUCCCUCAGUAUCAGUCAGCUGACAGAGAAAACAAAGAAACGCAGAAAGGAUCUCAUACAGGCGAUGCUCUAAGCUCUUUGUUCUCUGUUACUUGUUCUAUUAUUUUGGUGGUUAGUUUUUAGCUACUCCAUCCUGUUCUUUUCAUCCAUGGAUGAGUCUUAUAGCCGCAACUGUCCAACGUUGGCAAUGGCGGAAGGAGUAGUACUGCCAAGGAAGUGUGUCCGACCCUCAGUGGUGGUAUCUUUUUUGUUAGUCCGGUUAGAAACUGGUUCGAAACUGGUUCAGAAGGAUCCAACCGCUAGUGCUUCGCCAGAGCGCUCACUUCCUCGAGCCCAACGCCAACUGUUUGCCAGUCUUCAAAAGUCAAUACCAAUGAUGGUAUCUUUCAAUCACACGUCAAUCCAGGUGGCUCUAAAUGCUGCAUAGGGAAGGUGGACCCUAUGGGUAUAUGUUAUGAUGGAUGAGGUUUUAGAGUGAGGGAUGACCAGGAGAUAGUUAUAGCGGUGGAUCUGAGCUUAGUGGAUUUGGGCUUUUACUUUCUGAUGUCUUUAUUAUAAUGUUUUGGAUCCGUUUGCCUUUGGUUGAUUGUCUCAGUUUAUAUCAACUGAAAUAUAAUUGUUAUGGUACAUUCAGGCUGAUUUUUUUUUUCUUUUUCUUUUUCUUAUAUUAUAUUAUUUCCUUUCUGUUUUCAGAUUUUAGUUUCACCUGUUAAAGUUAGGGAGUAUUUAUUAUUAUUUUUUUAUUACUAUUUUUUUUUAAAGUUCUCUUGGUCUCAACAGACUAAACUCGGUCAUCUAUUUGACAGAAGUCUUCAUUUGCCUUAGACAUGCCAAAUUGGAGCGGUCUGCAACACAAUGGCACUUGGAAGUGGUGUAUUAUGCAUUAAGAAAGG